UUUACACUCAACAGCAUGACAGAUAAGCGCAAUGAUAUUGCACUUGGCAACGAAGGCAUGAUACGUUUAACAUUUGAAGAAGCCAACAUGAAGAAAGUUCUAGAAUGUCUUACCGUGUUUUUCUUGACCGUUAUAUUUUGCUUGUGGAUGGUGAGUAUGACCACGCGGUCAUGGCGUGGAAAUCCUAAUUUUAAACCACCCAUCCCUGGCCUUACGAUAGCUCCAUACGAUGUACAUCAUGGCUUGUGGUACCGCUGUGUGAAACCAGAUGGCACUUGUGAGAAAUUAAAAGAUGAUCCGAAUGAUACAACUGAUACAACGCUCCGUGGAAACGUUACACGAGGCUUGCUAGCAGCUGCUAUCUUGUGCACCUACUUGUCAGCUGGAAUAUUACUGAUAAAUGUCUUUAUAAAGAAAGAGAAGCGUUACCGUGCUGUUUUUGUGGCAUGUCUAAUUUUGCAGUUGCUUGCUUUGAUCUCAGGGUUUGCAGCUAUGAUCAAUUUUAAAGAUUUUUUUAAAACACCAAAUGAUUUCAGGAUUGGCAUAGUCAAUGGAAAACCCGCGGAAAUAGGGUCAAUCUGGAGUGAAUACAGAUACAGUUACAAUCUGGGAUGGGCGGGAGCUGGAUUAAUGUUUCUACCAAUAAUAUUGACCAUCAUCCAGUUAGUACAGUCAUCACGUGAUUAAUCUGCGGAUUGCAACUUUCUAUCCUCUUACAAUAAACGGUUUUUUAGAGAAACCUUUUUAGUUAAAUAUAAAACUAGAAAAAUGUAUUUACAAAACACGUUUAAUUUAAAAUAAAAUAUCCAUGAGUUAAAUUAUUUCAUCGCCAAUUCGAUUUGGGUUGAAAUUUUAUUUUGUCAGUUGGCUGAGAGAGAAAAUUGGAGAAAUAUAUCAGAAGCGCGGAAAUAACGCGACAAAGUUUGUUCACGAUAAUUGUUUUUGUACAUAAGGUUCUGUAUAUAUUCUUAAUGAAGCAUAUUAUAUAACUUUA